AUGUUCAUCGAUAGUAUUGCAACAGCCAACACAAUACCCAAAUCAUAUAUUGUCGAGUAUGCUCAACAAGAGGACAUUCAAGCCAUCAUUCAUCAAGACUUGGCACAAUACCAAGAUCUUUACAACAUUCAUCAUACAUAUGCCUCUCCCAUUUUUCAUGGCAUGUCCUUUUCCUUGAAAGAAGCACCACAAGAAAGUACUAUGCAACCUGUAGCCUAUUCAUCCGUUUCUAAUCAUCCGGUAUUUCAUCAUCUUUCAAAUAAUCCAGCCAUCAAAAAUAUAUAUCCAAUCUAUGAAGUACCUAGACCGCAGUGGAUGCCGAAUUCAAAAUCAUUUGACUACACAUUUCCUUAUUCGAACAGUGAUGCUCAAAUUUACGAUAUACAUAAAGAACUGGGUGUGACAGGAAAUGAUAUUCUUAUCGGUGUAUUGGAUUCAGGCGUUGAUUAUACUCAUCCAGCAUUAGGUGGUGGAUUCGGCCCAGGAUUUAAAGUGAAAUAUGGAAAAAAUCUUGUCUCCUCAACCAAUGACAAGUCAAAUGGUAUCAAAUCAUUGGGAGAAGAUGAUCCAUUUGAUCCUUGUACACAUAAUGAUGCCGGUCAUGGCACGCAUGUUUCUGGUAUCAUUGCUGGUUACGAUAAAGAAAAGAACUUUACCGGAAUAGCGCCUAACGUGACUUUAGGAGUCUGGAGAAUAUUUGGUUGUGAAGGCGGAGCAAGCGAAGAUACCGUCAUUAAGGCUAUGGAAAUGGCAUAUGAAGCAGGUAUUGAAAAUGGUUGGCCAGAAAAUGCUAUGGCUGCUGUGGCCGAAAACCUUUCAAAAAAAGGCGUUAUUGUUGUUGGAGUGGUAGGUAAUCAAGGGACAAACGGGAUAUACUCUCAAAAUGCUCCAGCUACAGGACGAAGUGUCGUAUCAGCUGCAUCUGUAGAUAACUCAUUUUAUCCUACCAGGGUUAUGGACAUCAGCAUUGUAGAAGAUGAAUACUUUCCUUAUAUGCUGUCAUCAAACACAGUAUCAUUUCCCAACGGUACUUUAUCUUCAGCUUUGGUCAACAACACAUUUUCUUAUGGAUGUAAGAACGAUACCACCUUCACCAUCGAAAAUGCUAAAGAUCGUAUCCUCUUGAUGAGACGUGGUGUAUGUACAUUUGACGAAAAAUUGGUACUUGCCAAAGAAUUGGGUGCCACGGGUGUUUUAUUUUUCGACGCUGAAGCAACCACCAACAAUCUCGUUGUAGCCAAAACAAAGAACGGUACUCUUCCUUGUGCUGGUGUUGAAAAACAAGUAGCAGAUAAAGUAUUGGAACAUCUCCAGCUUUUUCAAAAUACGAGCAACAAUAGUGGGAUUCAGAUCAGUUUUCCAGCCGGUAAAAAAAUCGUGUUCCCGGAUACGGCUGGUAGGAUAUCUGAUUUUUCUAGCACGGGUCCUUCGUAUGAAUUAGAUUUGAAACCUACAAUGGCUGGCAUUGGAGGCGAUGUAUAUUCUACUUUGCCACUUCAUGUUGAUGAAGGAUGGGGCGUGCGUUCAGGGACUUCCAUGGCGUCACCACAUAUAGCAGGCUGUGCAGCAUUGUUGAUUGAUUAUUACUCAAAACAGAACAUAAACGUCACAUUACCUUUUAUUAUCGAACAUCUGCAGAACCAUGCAAAGUUGAUCAAUUCUAAAUGGGGCGUGCCUGAGCAUCCACUAGUUCAAGGUGCUGGACUGAUACAACCUUAUGACACAAUAAAAAGUUUAAUUCACGUCUCUCCUUCUCAAAUCAGUUUUAACGACACUUCAUCAAACACCGAAUACAAAUCUUACACGCUGCAAAUCCAAAACCUUCAAUCCGUACCUCUUUCUGUAUCGAUUGAAAACAUUCAGACAAAUUCCAUUGAAUCGUAUGCUAACGCCACUUCGUUUACCAUCACGGAGCCCGCCAUUACCAACGGAACUAUUAAGGUUGAUUUGGAGUUUUCGUCGCCAAGCAUUUUACUUUUACCUCCAUUUACAACCACUCUUGUUCAAGUGGAAGUGGUUUUACCCAACCCAGACGAACUCUUUUAUCACUAUCAGAUGUACGGUGGAUUCAUAUCGAUUAAAAAUACAGAAACGCAACAAUCGUUAGCAACUGUGCCUUACUUUGGUGUUCUAGGAAGUAUGAUGGAUAUCCCCGUCUUUGAUGCAGGAUUUCCUUAUCUGGCUUCCAUCAACGACACGGCGUACAAACCCUCACGUCAGAUCAGUUACCGAUACGAUAUGAGUCGAAAGCCCAAGGCUAACAAGCCAGCCAUUGUGUUUCGAUUGCUGACGGGCUCGGCCAACAUGGAAAUUAAAGUGUACGAUGAAAAUCAUGGUUACUUGGGUAUCAUCAGUGGCGGACCCUGGAACUAUCAUCAGCGUAAUUCGUUGGGGGAGGAGAAUUUUCAUAGUAGUAUCGCAUGGAGUGGAAGAAUCAUCCCAUUGAAAAACGAACAGGAUGUUUAUAACUACGAAGAUCCUAUUUACGGAAGUUCCGUACAGGUAGAAGAUGGGACCUAUUAUCUUUCUUUAAGAGCUUUAAAACAUUUUGGAAAUCCCAAAAAUGAUAGCGAUUGGGAAGAAUGGAAAUCGGGACCGAUCAUUGUCCAAAGUUAA